AUGCGUACCGGUGUAGUCUUUGCUUGUCUUCUCUCGCUAGCGGCAGCAGCACCUGCCGAGAAUCUCUCCGAGAGAGACUCUGGUAGUAUGAUUGUGUCCGUCACCGAGGCCAAUGGCCUGCAAAAGCGCGUGGAAGGUGGUGUAUAUAUCUGCACGGAUAUCAACUGGGGUGGGAACUGCGGCUUCGCCAAGCAGCCGUGGGACCAGUGCAUUCAGCUCGAUUCCCCUUGGGACUACAACUGCGGAUCUUCCAGUACUCUCACUAUCUGGAACCCUGGCUAUGCCGACUUGAGAACCGCGGGAUGGAACGACCGUAUUGGCAGUUUCAGAGUCAAGCAAAUUCCAGGGCCGAACUGCCUGUACGACUUGGGUACUCCUUCCCUCCCUAGUGUCGAUUGUACUGUCUGUUGCAAUGGAUGUUCCCGUAGUGGUACUUCAUGCUGCCCGUCAGGCGCCAUCUGUUGA